AUGUCCACCCUCAAGCGCAAAGCCGCCGCCGACGCCGCCGCCAACGCCAAAAAGGCAAAGCAAGGCAACAUCAUGUCCUUCUUCGGCGGUCCCAAGGCCAACACGCCCGGAAAGAACGGCACAACCGCACCCGUGCCGGUCUUUGAGCCGGCCGUGAAAUUUGACAAGAACAAGUGGGCGGCGACGCUCGAUCCGGAACAGCGCAAGCUGCUACAGCUCGAGAUCGAUACCCUGCACGAGAGCUGGCUGGCCCUGCUAAGGGAUGAGCUGGUGAGCAAGGAGUUUUUGGAUUUGAAGCGGUUUCUUGCGAGGGAACUUGGGGCGGGGAAGACGGUGUUUCCUCCUAUGGAGGACGUGUAUAGCUGGUCCCGCCACACCCCCUUCUCCACCGUCAAAGUCGUAAUCCUCGGCCAAGACCCCUACCACAACCACAACCAAGCCCACGGCCUCGCCUUCUCCGUCCGCCCCCCGACCCCGGCCCCCCCCUCCCUCAAAAACAUGUACAAAGCCCUCCAAAACGACUUCCCCACCUUCACCCCGCCCCCCAACCGCGGCGGUCUGCUCACCCCCUGGGCCGAGCGCGGCGUGCUGAUGCUCAACACCUGCCUGACCGUGCGCAUCCACGAAGCCAACAGCCACGCCAACCGCGGCUGGGAACGCUUCACGCAGCGCGUGAUCGAUCUCGUGGCUGCGCGGCGGGCGAGAGGGGUGGUGUUUAUGGCGUGGGGGACCCCCGCGGGGAAGAGGGUGUUGAAGGUGGAUGGGGGUAGGCAUUUGGUGUUGAAGAGUGUGCAUCCGUCGCCGUUGUCGGCUAGUAGGGGUUUUUUUACGUGUGGGCAUUUUAAGGAGGCGAAUGAGUGGUUGGCGGGGAGGUAUGGGGAGGAGGGGAGGGUGGAUUGGGCUUUGGGGGGUGAGGGGGCGAGUGUUUUGGGGAAGGGGAAACAAGAGGAGGAGGCGGCCGAGAAGAAACAACAGCUGGAGGCGGUAGAGAAGAAACAGGCGGAGGAGAAGGAAGAGAAGGGCGGCGAGCAUGCAGCGGAGAAGAAGAAGGACGAGGAGGAUGAGAGUGUGAGUGUGGAAGAGACGGCGGUGACGAAUAAGGAGAAUACCCAGAAGGAAAAGGAGAGGGAGGGCGGAGAAGCAGGCGAGGAGAAGACAGCAGCGGGGACAUCAGAUGCUGCGGAUGGCGAGGAGAAUGUUGAGCCCGAGUCUCGGGAAGCAUGA